AUGGGCACUGCAUUUCCUGGAAGCUUAAGAAAUUGCCAGCUUCUUGAGAGGCUUGACCUAUCCAACAAUAACCUCCAAGGCAAUAUAUCAGGGAGUGUCUUAGGUGAGUUAAGAAAUUUGAGACAUCUGUCUUUAGCCCAGAAUCAGUUUUUCGGUGCAAUCCCACUGGGAUUGGGUUCCAUUUGUGAUACAUUAGAAGAACUCGAUCUUUCUGGAAAUAGACUUUCUGGUGGGUUACCUCUGACAUUUGUAUCAUGCUCCUCUUUGCAAAGCAUCAACCUCGGAAACAAUCAACUCUCUGGGGACUUCCUUCAAACAGUUAUCAGUACCCUCCCAAACCUGAAAACCCUUAAUAUCCCAUUCAAUAACAUCAGUGGUUCUGUGCCUCUAUCUCUUACCAACUGUUCACAGCUUGAAGUGCUAGACCUUAGCUCCAAUGCCUUGGUGGGAAAUAUCCCGUCUGGUUUCUGCUUGUCGCCAUUAUCUUCAUCUCUGCAGAACAUUCUACUGGCAGGAAAUUUUUUGUCAGGGACCUUGCCUUCAGAACUUGGAAAAUGUAAGAACCUGAGAACAAUUGAUUUUAGUUUGAACAACAUAAGUGGAACAAUUCCAUCAGAAAUUUGGACCUUACCCAAUCUUUCCAACUUGAUCAUGUGGGGAAACAAUAUAAGUGGCAAAAUCCCAGAAGACAUUUGUACCAGUGGUGGAGAUUUAGAGACACUGAUUCUCAACAACAAUUCCAUUGAAGGAACCAUUCCUUCUGCACUUACCAACUGUACAGAACUCAAGUGGGUGGCCCUCUCCCACAAUCGGCUCACUGGAAAAAUCCCUGCCGGAAUUGGGAAUCUCCAAAAUCUUGUAAUUCUUCAAUUGGAUGACAACUUGCUUACUGGCGAGAUUCCACCCAGGCUCGGGGAGUGUGGAAGCCUAGUAUGGCUUGAUUUAAACAGCAAUAGUCUUACAGGUUCCAUUCCAACCGUGCUCGCCAAACAAGCUGGUUUUAUCUCUCCCAGACCCUUAAAUGUGAAGUACGUGUUUGUGAGAAAUGAGGACAGAAAAACUUGUAGAGGUGCGGGAGAGCUACUUGAAUUUAAUGGGAUCAGGGCAGGUAGGCUGGCAAGAAUUAUUGCUGACACUUGCACUGAUUCAAGAAUGUAUCCUGGUAUGAAAAUCUACUCAUUCUCAAGCAAUGGGAGCAUGAUCUUCCUCGAUUUGUCUCAGAAUUUCUUAUCCGGUUCUAUUCCCACUAGUCUUGGCUCACUGUCCUACUUGCAAGUCUUGAACUUGAGACAAAACGAGUUAAGUGGAAACAUUCCAUAUAGUUUAGGUGGCCUGAAGGUAAUUGAAAUUCUAGAUUUGUCAGAUAAUCAGCUAGAAGGAAACAUCCCCGGGUCACUUGGGAUACUGUCUUUCCUCGUUGAUUUGGAUCUGUCGAACAAUAACCUCUCCGGACUUAUUCCAGUGAGUGGUCAGCUGAGCACAUUCCCUCCAUCAAGGUAUCUUAACAAUUCAGGUCUUUGUGGGCUACCCUUGCCCCCUUGUGGCUCUGAGACUCUAUUUGGCUCAACAGGUGAUUCCAAAUCUGACUCGGAGAACUCUUCCAACCCAAGUAAAUUUGACCGGUUUUGGGUGGCUUUGGUGCUAGGAUAUGGUUCUGGAGGCAUCGUUGGCGUGGUUAUCGGGAACUGGAUAUUCCAGUUGAAGUAUGACUGGUUUGUGAAGACCUUUAUAGGGGGCAGACCUCAAAGAAGGAAGAGAUUUAAACGAUUCAAACGCAACUGA